GCCUCCGCCUUCACCUUCACUGCAGGAACGGUGUCCGCAUCCCUCUGACUGCUGGUUAGUUUGGACCUUAGGGAGGCCGCCGGGACUCUGCCCGCACCCCCACUGCGGUUCCGGGCAGCCGUCAUCAGCAGCUCUGAAAGCAUUUCACCAUGAACAAGCCUCAGAGCAAGGAGUCGCUCAAAGAGAAAGUCCGGGGGAUCUUCGGGCUCGGGCCGCAACGUCAGCAGACUAAACAGUCAGAUUCCAAGCUACCCGAAUUUAUAAUCACAGCUGACAUCAUAAAGGAGCUCCAGCCUGAUUGUGGCCUGAGCAGCCGCAUCCGGGUGAUGAACCAAAUCUGUGAUCUGGCAAAAAUCAAAAAAUUUGAAGAGAAUGCAGUGGAGGCUGUGUGGAAAGCCGUGGAGGACAUGCUGUCCCCGGAGCAGCCGCCAGAGGCCAGACACGCGGUCCUGCAGCUUCUCAGAGCCAUCAUACAAGGACAGGGUGAGUGGCUCGGUCCUCUGAGGGCGUACUUUUUUAAGGUGAUCAGAGACUACCAACCUUGCAACGAGGACCUCUCAGAAAGACUGGAAGUGUUCAAGGCUUUAACUGAAAAUGGGAAGGACAUCACAUACCUGGAGGAGGACAUAGCACUAUUUGUCCUCCUGUGGAUGGACAUAGGUCUUACCUCGGACUUCCUUCAUGUUCUCGUGAAUCUGGUUAAGUACAACAGCUGCUAUCUGGACCAGAACGUCUCCAUCAUGGUCCAGAAAAUCUGUCUCCUGUGCAACAGAACAACAUCCUCGACUGAUAUAGAGGUGGCGCUUCAAGUCUUGGAUGCUGUUGUGUGCUACAACUGCCUGCCCUCAGACUCCCUCACCGUCUUCAUCAUAACACUCUGCCGUACGGUUAAUGUGAAGGAGUUCUGUGAAUCCUGCUGGAAGCUGAUGCGGAAAGUUCUGGGGACUCAUCUUGGCCACAGCGCCAUUUACACCAUGUGCCGGAUCAUGGAAGAGAGUAAUUUCUCCACCAGGGUGUACAUGGAAGACGCGCCGCUGCUGAGAGGAGCGGUGUUCUUUGUGGGAAUGGCUCUGUGGGGCGCUCACAGACUCCCCGCUCUGAAAAACACACCGACACUCGUUCUGCCAUCUUUCUACAAGGCCAUGUCAUGUGCCAACGAGGUGGUGUCGUACGAAAUCGUCCUCUCCAUCACCAGACUGAUCAAGAAAUACGGCAAGGAGCUGCAGGUGGUCACAUGGGACAUCCUGCUGGGCAUCAUAGAGCGACUGCUGCAGCAGAUCCAGACGAUAGGCAGCGCAGAGCUGAAGGCCAUCGUCUAUGAGCUGCUGACCACGGUAGAAGAGCUGUAUGAGCAGAACGGUUACCACGGCUCCACGGAGAAGUUCUUCAGCCUGGUGGAGAAAUGUGCCGACAAGAGACCCGACGCAUCGGUGCUGACCCUCAUCUCGUACAGAGCACAGUCCAUUCAGCCCGCGAAGGACGGCUGGAUUCAGAGCCUCCACUGCCUCAUGGAGAAAUUCUUCAGGAACGAGACUCGCAGUGUGAUCAGGAUCAAAGUGCUUCACAUCCUCUCCUUUGUUCUCAGUACCAAUCGUCAGCUCUAUGAGGAUGAGCUGAUUGAAAAGGUUGUGAUCCCGCAGCUCAGUGGGAUAGCUGAAGACCGGGACCUGGCGGUCAGAAAGCAGGCCACCCAGCUGCUGGUGGACCUGGCUGAGGGCUGCAACACGCACCACUUCACCAGCCUCCUGGACAUCAUUGAGCGGGUGGCCAGUCGCUCGCUGGUUUGCUCGGGGUCCCUGGAAGUCGCCGAGAGAGACCCCACAGCUGACUCCCCUAUGGAGGAUGUCAAGACUGCUGUGCUGGGCCUGCUGGAAAUCUUGCAGAGCAAACUUUACAGCCUGCCAGCCAGCCAUGCGAGUCGUGUUUACGAGCUGCUUAUCAGCCACCUGCAGCUUCACUACAAGAACAAAUACUGCUCAGCUAUCGCUUCCACUGUUAGACUGCAGGUGUUUGACUUCUUCCUGAUGAUGCGCGCCGACUCUCUGCACCGUGUCGGCGUUCCCAACAAGGACGGAGUGAUGAGGUUCAGCCCUUACUGCUACUGUGACGCCGGGGAGCCGGAGAAACGCGUUUGUGAUAAAAAGCCGGCGGGGUCCAUAUCCCCCCCUGCUGGCAGUCCUGCUCCAGCUGCCGCUCCGCCUGCUUCAGUAGCCUCCAUUCGCUCUGCCUACCUCCCCUACGCGCCUGCCUUCAGCGUCCUGCUGCAGUGCCUCAAGAUGGAGACCGACUGGAAGGUGCUGAAACUCGUUCUCGACAAACUGCCUUGGAUGCUGCAGUACAAAGUGCUGCUGCUCACUUCGUCGUGCAGCUUGGAUCAGCUCUGUUCAACACUCUGCUCCAUGGUGACGGAUCGUCAGAUCUCGGAGCGUUUGAAAAAGAUGCCAGAGGGGUUUUCCAGGACGGAUGUUCAGCUGGCUGUGGUUCCCGUUCUUACGGCGAUAACCUCCUACCACAACUACCUUGACCAAUCCAGACAGAGAGAGUUGGUUCAGUGUCUGGAGACCGGCCUCAUUUACCGCUGUGCCAAACAGUGUGUGGUGGCUCUAACGAUGUGCACGGUGGAGAUGCCUGACAUCAUGAUCAAGCUCCUCCCGUCUCUCAUCGUCAAGCUCACCCACAUCUCUGCUACCGUUGCCAUGGCUUCGCCCAUGCUCGAGUUCCUCUCCACCCUGGUGCGCUUGCCCCAUUUGUAUGCCAACUUUGUAGCCGAGCAGUAUGUCAGCGUGUUCGCCAUCUCCCUGCCCUACACCAACCCCUCGAAGUUCAACCAGUACAUCGUGUCCUUGGCCCACCACGCCAUCGCCAUGUGGUUCAUUCGCUGCAGGCUUCCCUUCCGCAAGGACUUUGUUCAGUACAUCACCAAGGGUUUGCGCUCCAACGCCCUGCUGCCGUUUGACGACGGACACGAGCAAAGCCCUUUCCGCGCACGAAGCACCAGCCUCAAUGAGAGGCCCAAAAGCCUGCGGGCUGGAAAAGUGGCAAAGCCAGCAGCAUCUGUAGCCAAUAGCAGCAGCUCUCCAGUUAAAGAGCUGAGGGACCUUUCGGCCAUGGAGGCUUUCCGCUCCCGCAGCAUCAGCGUCUCCGAACACGCGGUUCGCAGGAUGCACACUUCAACCACUACCUGCAGCCUGGGCUCUGCUGAUGAAAAUGCAGUGACUCAGGCCGAUGAGGGGCUCAAGACUGUCCACCUGGAGCUCACAGAGACUUGUCUAGACAUGAUGGCAAGAUACGUGUUUUCAAACUUCUCUGCUUUGCCAAAGAGGUCUCCCAUCGCAGAGUUUUUAUUAGCCGGAGGUCGCAGCAUGACCUGGUUGGUGGGCAACAAGCUUGUCACCAUUACAACCAGCGGGGGAGUCCGAACGCAGGCGUUGCUGGGCCUGGAUAUGUCUGAGCGUCUGAGUGGAGGAGGGGAAAUGACGAGGUCCGAUCCGUCACUUCACACCCGAAUGACCAAAGAGGCUCCGGCCAAACUGGAGUCGCAGUCCAGUCAGCAGCAGAACAGAACAGCUCGGACGCGAGUCCGCUCCAGGUCAGGUGGCCAUGCUCUGCGUGCCGGUCCUAUUCAGAGUCUCAGCCCUCUGGUUUCCCCCUCUGAGGGAGAGUUGGCCUCUCCUCUUUCUCCCUCCUCUGGACCCACCUUAGAUAGUGUCGGUCCUCCCUCUUCCACUUCUGCUACUCUGUCGGCCCCCCCUCCUCUCAAAGAUAACCCCAGCCUCGCCGAGUUUGUUCCAAUGCUCACUCAAGGUUGGGCCGAGAUCUUCAUACGGAGACCUUCAGGUAACACCAGCUGGCUGAUGUGUCUGGAGAACCCGCCCAGUCCCUUCUCCUCUGAGCUGGGUAACAUGCCGCUGCAGGAGCUAUCCACUGUCCUGAUGGCGAUGGAGGGAGUGAAGGAGCCUCCUACUCAGACGGCCAGUGCUCCAGCCAGCACGGCCGCCCCAGCGCCGACGUCCGCCUCCGAACCUCUGACUCAAACGCACAGCAGCGUUGGAGGGAAGGCCAACAUGUUCCAGCGCUCUAACACCGUGAGCGGCUCGCUCUGGUCUUUGGGUCUGGCCAGUGCCCCCCCAGGCCCUCCGCCUCCUGGCAGGUUGCACAGGAGCAUUUCCUGGGCAGACUCCGUGGUGGUACUGGAGGAGGGAUCGAGGGUCCCAGCCGAGCCCGCCCCACUCGAGUGGGUGGAGGGCGAGGAGUUUGAGCCGGUGCCCACCGAGCCCAUAUUCAUCUCCGCUGACAAAGAUCCCCUUCCUGGGAUGCUCAGCAGGUCUGCCUCCACCUCAAGCCAGGACGACGAAAAGUCCACUCUGGAAGAGGUGAGCGAGGGAGCGAUUCCUAUCGAUCAGCCCAGCGUUGGUCCGUCCACCCCAGGCAGCCAGGGUCCUGAUCUCCCUUUUCAGAGCCACUCUCAGUCCCAGGGUCACGGACUGAACAAGUCUAGCUCCUCCCCAGAGCUCCAGACUCUGCCUGAGGCCUUCACCUUAGCAGCUCUGGAGUCUGAGAAGGUUCAGGGGGAAGCACCUCGGCCCAGGGCGCCCUCAGAUGGCAAGCUUCAGGCACAGAAGCCUUACUCAGACAAGGACAAAGUGGAGGCGAGUACAGGAGUGGACCCUAGUGGACCGGGAGGUCCCGUCCAAGGUGUAGAAGGCUCAGCCUCGUCAUCUCAGAGUGGAGGAACUGCGAUGAAGUUGGCUUUCCCAGCAGCGCCAGCGCAGCCUGGACCCAUCUCUCCCGGUGGAGGCCACCGACCCCGCGGCCACACCAUCUCUGUCUCAGCCCCGUCCUCUAGGAGAGAGAGAAAGACGGAGAGGGACUCCUAUCACAGCCGACCCGGGUCCGGCAACGCAGAGAAGAUCUCUGGACUGAGUCCCAGCUUUGUCUUCCUCCAGCUGUAUCACUCUCCUUUCUUUGGGAAUGAAGCCAAUAAGCCGCUGCUGCUGCCCAAAACUCAGGUGAUUGAUCGGGCCGUGAAGGUUCUGGACCAGAUGCCUCCUUAUGAUACCCAUAAGAUUGGAGUAGUGUUUGUAGGAGCUGGUCAGGUCAACAAUGAGGUCGCAAUCCUGUCCAACGAGUACGGGUCAAACCGCUACGCCGCCUUUCUCACUGGUUUAGGGAAACUAAUCCACCUGAAGGACUGCGACCCGGACCAGAUCUUCCUGGGGGGCCUGGAUCAGUACGGCGACGACGGAGAGUUUACCUACUGUUGGCACGACGACAUCAUGCAGGGCAUCUUUCAUAUCGCCACGCUGAUGCCCAACAGGGAGAGUGACAAGGGCUGCUGUAAUAAAAAGCGCCACAUCGGCAACGACUUUGUCAUUGUGGUGUAUAACGACUCGGGAGAGGAUUACAAACUGGGUACUAUAAAGGGCCAGUUUAAUUUUGUGGAGGUCAUUAUAAAACCGCUUGAUUAUGAAUGCAACCUCGUCUCUCUCCAGUGUCGAAAAGAUCUGGAGGGCUUGGUGGACACGUCGGUGGCAAAGAUAGUUUCCGACCGCAACCUUCCACUCUUAGUUCGACAGAUGGCUCUGCAUGCAAAUAUGGCUUCCUUGGUGCAUCAGUACAGAGCUAAUCCCUCGGAUGCUUACGCUUCCAAGUGGCUGGCGAGAUUACGGCACAUAAAGAGGAUCAGGACCAGAGCUCAAGAAGACAUCCAGUCCCGCUCGACUCCUGGAAUCUCGCUGACCCAAGGGCACACUCAGCAGAACAAGUCCUUUCAGCAAAGCACGUCGGCACAAAACCCGGAGACCUCUGGGCAGAGGAAGCGACUCGUGUCAACAGUGGACGAUUUCACUGAUUUUGUUUAAUUUGCAUUAAUGGUUGCUUUGGCAGACAGUCGCACUGUCUCUCACUCACACAAACCACAGAAUGGUUGCGUUUGCGUCAGCUACUGUAUUAAUUAAAGGUGAUCAUUUAAAAAUAA